CUGCCAACAGCUUUUCCAGUCCCAAUUUUCAUGAAGAUAACUGGAACAUUAGAAAUAUACUUUGGCUGUAACUAUUGUUGCUGAGGAUGCAAAGGAAAAGGCUGAGCAACCAGUAUUGCAGAAAUUUGAAAGAAGUGGAAAAUCAAGUAAGGUAAACCUAGAACUAAAAGAAAUUGUAUGUGUCAUCCAGAGUCAAAGUAAUUCUUUUCAUUCCAAGAGAGCAGAAGACCUAAAGCAAAAUAUUUUAAAUCAGGCUGCAGAUCUUGGAAAGGAAUUACCUAGAGUUCUACUUAUUCAUCAGAUGGACAGGCAUGAAGGUGCAUGGACCAUACUCCCAUUAAUACCAGACUUCUCUGCUACCUAUGGUAGAAACUCCUCAUGGAUUUUCUUCUGUGAAGAAGACACACGAAUACAAAUUUUAAAGCUACUGGAAACACUUGGAAGAUUUGACAAGUCGAAGGAAUGGUUUUUAGGAAAAGCAUUGUAUGAUGAAGAAUCUACAAUAAUUCACCAUUAUGCCUUUGCUGAAAAUCCUACAGUCUUUAAAUUUCCAGAUUUUGCUGCUGGCUGGGCCCUCAGCCUUCCACUUGUAAACAAGCUUGCAAAGAAGCUGAAAAGUGAACCACUCAAGUCAGACUUUACAAUAGAUUUAAAACAUGAGAUUGCACUAUAUAUUUGGCACAAAGGCAAUGGACCACAUCUUACUACAGUGCCUGAGUUUUGUACAGAUAAUGUGGACUCAUUUAAGGCAGGUCAUUGUGCCACAAUGUUCAAUAUUUUCCUACCACUUUGUGGUGAUCCAGUGAAGGAGGAGGAUGUAUUUGUUGCGGUAAAAACUUGUCAGAAAUUUCAUGGAGACAGAAUACCUAUUGUAAAGCAGACCUGGGAAAAUGAGGCUGCCCUUAUUGAAUACUAUAGUGAUUAUGCAGAAACCUCCAUUCCUACGGUAGAUUUAGGAGUACCAAAUACUGACAGAGGUCAUUGUGGAAAAACCUUUGCCAUUUUGGAAAGAUUUUUUAAUCAUAGCUCUUCCAAAACACCAUGGUUAGUUAUAGUGGAUGAUGACACAUUAAUAAGCAUCUCUAGGCUUCGGAAACUGCUCAGCUGCUAUGACCCAAAUGAACCGGUUUUUCUUGGAGAACGUUAUGGCUAUGGAUUGGGAACAGGAGGGUAUAGUUAUAUCACUGGUGGAGGAGGGAUGGUUUUCAGCAGAACAGCAGUCCAGAAACUACUUGCUAGUAAAUGCCGAUGCUACAGCACUGAUGCUCCUGAUGAUAUGGUCCUUGGAAUGUGUUUCAGUGGUUUAGGAAUCCCCAUAACACACAGUCCACUCUUUCAUCAGGCACGGCCAAUGGACUAUCCAAAGGACUAUCUUUCUCACCAAAUUCCAAUAUCUUUUCACAAACACUGGAACAUUGAUCCAGUGAAGGUGUAUUUUACAUGGCUUGCACCAGAUACAGAAGAUUCCCUUAAUGGAAAGAAACACAGACAUCCUAAGGAAGAUUUAUAAUCUGCAGAAGAAUUUAAAUAUUAACAUACUGCAACUUUGGGAUGGGGAGAAACUACUGCAGUUUUGUUGUUGUGUUGUAUUUGUAUCGUCUGUCUGUUCCUUGCCUAGAACAAAACUAAUGUUUCAAUCCAAAUAGAGAUUGAUGUAUAUGUAGAUGCGUGUUGCACUUGUUAGAAAAAUAAGUAAUCAGCUUGAUUUUUUUUCCCAUUUGUGGGAUUUGAGGGGUUCUUUUUGGAAAUCUCUUAGGGAUUUUGAGUUUUGUAACCAUUUUUAUUCCACUGAAUUUAACCUUUACUUAGAGGUCAAGUCCAGUAUUUUACCUGUUUUGUUUUGCGUUUUUCAGACACCGGCAAUUCAUGUUUCUGUUUUUCCUCACUGUCUAAUAGUAGCCUAAAUUCCACACUUUGGGAUCUGAUCCUAAAAAGUACUGACACUUCUAGCUCCUGCUGGCUUCAACAGAACUGAAGGGUUCCAGGAACCCCUUUGCAUGAGCUCCUCUUGAACAAGAACAAGGCUAACAAAUGUUUGAAUGAUUAUGGGUAUGGAGGGAAGACUCUAAAUACUGUACUUGAUAUUGUUUUUAAGUAAAGACCUUGUACAUUCAUGGGCUAAAUGAGGAUCUUUUUCUGAGUUCUAACGCCUGUUGUAACUUUAACAGUUUAGCAUUUAUAAAGAAAUACCAUAUAGGGAAUCCAAAGUAAAUGAAGAUUAGGGGUUCUUAAACUAGUCACAAGGUGUCACUAUUACACCUUUGAAAACCUAGUGAUCAUAUAUCUAUUUGGCAGUUAUAAAAGUUUGACUUAAGGAAUUUUGAAAAACUGAUGUUUUCGAUAUUUCUAAUGUGUUCAUCGCUGUGCUGUGUAGGUACCAAGCUAAAAUACUUUGCAAUAUCCCUAAUUUAUAUCACCAACAGUAUAAGUAGUACAAAAUAAAUCUAAGCAAAUUUUUAUGCAUAGUAACAUGUAAAGAAUUAUGCCUAUUUGAUUUUUUUUAUUAUUUUCUAUAUGUAAUUCAGUUUUAUAAAGGUAUUUGUAUAAAAUCUGGCUUUAGUAUGUUAAAACUAAUUUUUCUACAUUAACUCUCUUCCCUUUAAGACCACAGUAUAUGGUGCUUAUAUGCUUUCUCUAACUCUGCUUGCUUAUAUUGUGACCAAAUACAGGGUCUUAAAGCCAUAUUGCUGAAGUUGUUUAUUUGUACAUGUUUAAACUAUCUUUCUGUAGUUCAUCACUUGAUUGAGUUCCAAAGUCAUGCAAUACUUACUCCAAGUCUAAUGGGGAAGCAACUGGUUACUAUUUCAGUAAUUAUGAAAGUAUGCACAUUUUUGUGAAUGUAGCUUGUGGAUUUUUAAGCAUAUACAUAGUGAGUACAUAUUCAUAAUGGAUUAAAAUAAUGUUUAAACAGGAGUAAUCCACAGUAUGUAUUUCUUCUUCCUUCCCACUUUCAGUGCCUUAAACAGUAGACAUUUCUACUGAUACCGGAGCUACAUUUCUGGUACCAUGGAUGUAUUGUUAAUUAUGUUUACUGUUUAGAACUGUGUGAACCUAAAUCUGAAUAAAA